CAGAUUAUGGUAGACCGUCUACGUAUUAUUCAAAGCUUUAUAUAUUCCGUCGGCUCCCUCUCUUCAACGCUUCUUCUUUCAACCACAUCGAAGCAAGCCUUUGUACAUUCAAGUUCUAUCAUUCUCUUCUCGCUCUACCACACUCUCUUUUUGCUUUAAGCAUUUUACAUUCAUUCAGCUGGUCUAACAUUUCAAAUUCUUUUGUGAAUUCUUUUCAUCAUUUGAUUAUCAAACUCCUUCAUUUUUUCUCUCCAAAGUCAAAAAACAUCAAUCAAAAUGUCUUUCUCUAAGCUCACCGCUUUCGCCGGCAUGGUCGCCGCAGUUUCAGCGCACGGAUAUGUUUCCGGUAUUGUGGCUGGUGGAACUUACUACACUGGAUGGCUCGUCAGCAACGCAUACCAAACCCCAAAACCUGAUUCGAUCGGUUGGGCUGACACCAACCUUGAUCUCGGAUUCACAUCACCAUCUGCCUAUGCCACUGGUGAUAUCAUCUGUGCUAAAGAUGCUACCAACGCUGCUCUCUCCGCUAAAAUCGCCGCUGGUGACAACAUUGAUUUCCAAUGGACUGUCUGGCCUGAGUCCCAUCACGGUCCAGUCAUCACCUACCUUGCCAACUGCAACGGAGACUGUGCUACCGUCGACAAGACCACUCUUGAAUUCUUCAAGAUUGACGAAGCUGGAUUGAUAGACGACACCACUGUUCCCGGAACCUGGGCUUCCGACAAAAUGAUUGCCAACAACAACACCUGGACCGCUACCAUCCCUGCCGAUCUCGCUCCUGGAAACUACGUCGCUCGUCAUGAGAUUAUCGCUCUCCACAGUGCCGGAUCUAAGGAUGGUGCUCAAAACUACCCUCAAUGUAUCAACUUGGAAGUCUCUGGUUCCGGUACCCUCGCUCCUAAAGGAACUCUCGGUGAGGCUUUGUACACCGCUACCGACCCAGGUAUCUUGGUCAACAUCUACUCUUCCCUCACAUACACUAUCCCUGGUCCAGCUAUGUACAACUCUACCGGAGCUGCCACCGGAGCCGCAUCCGGAGCCGCAUCCGGAGUAGCAUCUGCCACCUCCGCCGCCGUUGUUGCCACCAGUGCCGCCGCUAGCUCUGCCGCUGCCGUUACUUCCGCCGCCUCUGUUGCCAUUUCAAGCGCAGCCGGUGCCUUUGUAUCCACAACUGCUGCCCCAACCACAAUGAUCACAUCCGUUGCCCCAGCCGCUACCUCAGCCGCUGCUUCUGAUGAGACCUGUGACGCAUAAGCGUUUUAGGACUUUGCUCAAACCGACAGGAGAUUGAUUUAGAUGGAUAAAUGAUAGUCUGAUUUUCAAUGUAUCUAUAUCUUUUUUGAAUAGAAGACUCUUUUUGUGGUCUCUCUAUUACACAUACAAACUAGCGUUUAGAAAUGAUAGAAGUUUCAAAAACCCAAA